AUGCUGAACCAACCAGUGUCCUCUGGUGUCCACAAUCCCAGUAGCCAAGACCAGUGUAAAUGGCCUUUGAUGUCGCUGUAUCUACGAGGAAAAAGGGGUAAAAUUCAGCAGAGGGGGAGCCAUGAGUCCCGGGAUUGGAACAAGGGAGGGACAGGCAGCAGCCUAAACCGGACAGUCCAGCUCCAGAACCCUCACGACUCUGAACUCACCCAAGCUUCCAGCCAAUCAAAGGAGGGAGAGAUCGAAGUCAACUCAUCUGCCCUCAAGUCCAGUAUGUACUCCUCGCUGGUGCGGAGCAGUAGCGAUUCUGCUCUUGGACCUCCUCAGAUGGAAGAUGGGAAUGGCAGAGUACAUGAAAUUCAUCAGUUCUGGCACAUCCGCUGUAAUGGUCUUUUAAUGCUCAAAUCAGCAGCCAUUCUGUCAGAGGAAAUUCCUCCCUUGAGCCUUUGCAACUGGGGGAAAAUCCACGUACAGACUGACCAUGGACUUUACAAGCUGAGGUCACCCUGCAACAACAAAUCUGGCCCUUUCAGUGUCAACAGCAGCCUCACAAGGACGGUGGAGAUUUCAAGAGAACAAGGGCCUCUAGGAAUACACGUGGUGCCGUACUGUUCCUCUCUCAGCGGAAGGGCUCUGGGUCUGCACAUUCGAGGGGUGGAAGAGAACAGUCGCUCCAAAAGGGAAGGCAUCUUUCAGGACGAUGAGUGCAUUGUCAAAAUUAAUGAUACUGAAUUAAUGGACAAAUCCUUUUCACAAGCACAGGAAAUAUUCAGACAAGCCAUGCGUUCAUCCAUCGUUCGUUUAGAAGUUGUUCCAGUUUUUAACAAAGAACGCUUUGAGAAGACUGUGAUCGGCCACCUCUUUAACUCCGAAAACCCUGACACAUCCACACGGACCAAAGACCCUCCACCGCUGAAGGUGAAGCCCAUCGUGAAGCCUGUGGAGACCUCCUCAGGAUGGCAAGCUGAGUUUCAGGAGUCCAACAGCAGUCUAGAGGGUCGCUCUCUGAGCUCCCCAUUACCCCUCAGGCUCUCACCCACCCCCAGAAGCAAAAGUGCUGACAGCCCCCUCCUGAAAAACAGCCUGGGACCAUCACCUCUACAAAACCACAACAAGAAGGAUGGAAGGAGGCUCAGAAUCAAUCUUAAGAAAGGUCCUGAAGGUCUGGGCUUCACUGUUGUGACCAGAGAUUCUUCUGUGCAUGGGCCUGGUCCCAUCCUCGUCAAAAACAUCCUACCCAGAGGAGCUGCUGUCAAAGACGGCCGCCUGCAGUCAGGUGACAGGAUCCUAGAAGUGAACGGUGUGGACAUCACUGGCCGUUCCCAGGAGGAACUGGUGGCCAUGUUACGCAGUACUAAGCAGGGGGACAGUGUGUGUCUGGUUGUGGCCAGACAGGAAGACAUGUUCCUUCCACAUGAGCUGAAAGAGGAGCAGGCCCGCUUGCUGCUGUCUGAGGAAGGGAAGGAGCAGCUGAUGUUUGAGGUUCCUCUCAAUGAUUCGGGCUCAGCUGGGUUAGGGGUCAGCCUGAAGGGUAAUAAGUCCCGUGAGACUGGCGAGGACCUGGGUAUCUUCAUCAAGUUCAUCAUCCACGGAGGUGCAGCUUUUAAGGAUGGGCGUCUACAUGUCAAUGACCAGCUGAUUGCGGUUAAUGGUGAGAACCUUUUGGGGAAGUCCAACCAUGAGGCCAUGGAGACCCUGCGGAGAUCCAUGUCCAUGGAGGGGAACCUCAGAGGAAUGAUCCAGUUGCUUGUACUCCGUGCUCUAGCACCACCUACCCAAGAGUUCCAGGAAGCACGGCGAAUUCUCAAUCGAUCCUUUGAUAGCUGCGUGGGGCAGGCGGGGCACAGUGGCCAAUCAGAUGGCAGCACUCAGCCCCCUGUGGUGAUGAACAGCAUCUAUGAGCGAUGUGCAGUUUCAAAUGGGGGAUACGGUCACGUUGAAGAGGGGGAUGAUGAAGGCUUUGCUGCUAAUCCUCAUAGACAGGACAGCCUGGAGCUCCAGCAGAGUCUGAGUUUAGGUCUUCAUUCAGCUGACACUUCUUUGACAGACGGAGUUCAGCAGGGUCAUACCGAGCAGAAUCAUGUGAAGUCAUCUAAGAGCAUGGAUCUAGUGAGUGGUGGGGUGGAGUUGGGACCCACGCUAGGCCUGAAGAAGUCCAGUUCUCUAGAGAGUCUUCAGACUGCCAUGACAGAGGCCAAGAGAAACGAGCUGCUGCCCUUCCACAGGCCCCGGCCACACAUGGUGAGAGGGCGUGGCUGCAAUGAGAGCUUCCGGGCAGCAAUCGACAAAUCAUAUGAUGGCCCGCCAGAGGAUGAUGAUGAUGAGGGGUCGGACCAGAGUUCUGGACGAGAUACUCCGGCCAGCGGCUCCUCCAGACAAGAUGCGGGAGACAAUGAGGAGAACAAGAAGACAACAGAAGAAGAAGGCCAAAGGCAAGAAGAAAGACAAGUUGAAAAGCAAAGGGAAGAGAAAGAGAAGAAGAAAUCAGAGGAGGUUGGUGAUGAGCUGGAUAAGAAGACCAAAGAAGAAAGGAUUCGAGCAGUCAGCCUCAGCUCCAUAUGGCCGUCUCUGCAUCACAGCGCUCAAUCUCCCCUGUCUAUACACUGCGCCAGUGCCAGGCCUAAUUUGCAUCACGGUAGACACCUGUGCCAAGCCCUGCCCAUCUGUCUGUCGAUUGGCCGGCCAGCACCAGCAAGACCAGGCGGCUCCAUCACAGUGGAGGACGACCCGCAUGAGUGA